AUGUUUGGAUUCAAGUCCGCUACCUUGGCUGUUUGGAUUCUCAGUCUUCUGGCAACAUCACACGCCCACACUGUCAUGACCACUCUUUUUGUCGAUGGCGUCAAUCAGGGCGAUGGUGUUUGCAUUCGCAUGAACAAGAACGGUUCUACGUCCAAUUUCUUCGUCAGUCCUGUCAGUAGCAAGGACGUUGCUUGUGGAAUCGAUGGAGAAAUCGGCGUCGCAAGAGUCUGUCCAGCCAAGGCCUCGUCGAUCCUGACCUUCGAGUUCCGCGAACAUCCCGACAACGUGAGCUCUGCACCUCUCGAUCCCUCACACAAGGGCCCCGCUGCGGUGUACUUGAAGAAGGUCGAUUCCGCCAUUGCCAGCAACAACGCCGCAGGAGACGGAUGGUUUAAGAUUGGGGAGUCCGUCUACGACGAGACGUCAGACACAUGGGGCACGACGAAGAUGAUCGAGAACAAUGGACACAUCUCCGUUCAGAUCCCGGAGGACAUUGAGGGAGGGUACUAUCUCGCGCGAACAGAGCUUCUGGCGCUUCACGCGGCGAGCUCGAAUCCGCCCAAUCCGCAGUUCUUUGUCGGCUGUGCGCAGCUCUUCAUCCAGUCGAAUGGGACCGCGAAGCCGUCUACUGUUCGCAUCGACGAGGGUACCUACAACCUGUCCAUGCCGGGAUUGACCUACAAUAUCUGGGAAAAGCCGCUGUCCCUGCCGUAUCCGAUGGUUGGUCCGACUGUUUACAGAGCUGGCUCGGGGGCUAGCUCAUCAGCAACCGCUCCCUCGGCAGCGAGUGUGACUGCUGUUUCUUCUACUGCUCCUGCUACCGUUACGCAGGUGGUAACUCCGUUACCAACUACCAGCGCGUCAAGUUCACAACAGAAUGUCGGCUCAUGUGGAGUUGUUAUUGCGGAGGAGAUCGAAAAACGAGACACUCUCGUCCAGACGGAAGGACUUAAACCAGAAGGAUGCAUCUUCGUCAAUGGCAACUGGUGCGGUUUUGAGGUGCCUUCGUACACGGACCAAGACAGCUGCUGGGCUUCAUCGAACAACUGCUGGGCCCAAUCUGAUGACUGCUGGAACAAGACCCAACCCACGGGGUACAACCUCUGUCCGAUCUGGCAGGCCAAAUGUCGAGAGAUCUCUAAUGGGUGCGAGAACGGGACUUGGACGGGGCCUUCUCACCAGGGAGAGGACAUGACUCCGUCGUGGCCGUCGUUGAGGGGGGAGUUGAAGAUCUUUAACUGA